CUGUGACGUGCAGUCUUCCUGUUUCCUUCAGCUGUGUCUUAAAGUAAAUCUUGUUGUGGAGCGGAGCCCUCAGCUGAGGGAGCGCUCUGAAAUAAUACACCAUUGCAGCCGGGGAAAGCGGAGCGGCGCAAAAGAGCUCUCGCCGGGUCCGCCUGCUCCCUCUCCGCUUCGCUCCUCUUCUCUCCUCCUCUUUUCUCUCCCCCUCUUCUACUCUCUUCUCUCUUCUAUUCUCCUCCCCUCUUCCUUUCUCUUCUCUUCCUUUCUCUUCUCUUUUCGUCUCUUCUCUUCUCUUCUCUCCUCUCGUCCCUUCCCUUCUCUCCUCUCCUUGCACACCCUCCUCUCUCUCUCUCCCCUCUCCCUCUCCCCAUCGGCCCGCUCGCUCGCUCCCGCACCGACCCACCGUUCGCGGUCCAAUUACCAUAUUCAUCACCCGCAAGAUCUCACCGUGUGUGUGCGCGCGCGGGUUUUCCUCUCUCCGCCUGCAAAAAAAGGCUCGGUCCCACUGCUCUCCGCACCGCGGUCCCGGGAUUCUUGAGCUGUGCCCAGCUGACGAGCUUUUGAAGAUGGCACAAUAACUGUCCAGUGAUGCCUGACCAUGACAGCACAGCCCUCUUAAGCCGGCAAACCAAGAGGAGAAGAGUUGACAUUGGAGUGAAAAGGACGGUAGGGACAGCAUCUGCAUUUUUUGCUAAGGCAAGAGCAACGUUUUUUAGUGCCAUGAAUCCCCAAGGUUCCGAGCAGGAUGUUGAGUAUUCAGUGGUGCAGCAUGCAGAUGGGGAAAAGUCAAAUGUACUCCGCAAGCUGCUGAAGAGGGCGAACUCGUAUGAAGAUGCCAUGAUGCCUUUUCCAGGAGCAACCAUAAUUUCCCAGCUGUUGAAAAAUAACAUGAACAAAAAUGGUGGCACAGAGCCCAGUUUCCAAGCCAGCGGUCUCUCCAGCACAGGCUCCGAAGUGCAUCAGGAGGAUAUAUGCAGCAACUCUUCAAGAGACAGCCCCCCAGAGUGUCUUUCCCCUUUUGGCAGGCCUACUAUGAGCCAGUUCGAUAUGGAUCGCUUAUGCGACGAGCACCUGAGAGCAAAGCGCGCCCGGGUUGAGAACAUAAUCCGGGGUAUGAGCCAUUCCCCCAGCGUGGCGUUAAGGGGCAAUGAAAAUGAAAGAGAGAUGGCCCCGCAGUCUGUGAGUCCCCGAGAAAGUUACCGAGAAAACAAACGCAAGCAGAAGCUGCCCCAGCAGCAGCAACAGAGUUUCCAGCAGCUGGUUUCAGCCCGCAAAGAACAGAAGCGAGAGGAGCGCCGACAGCUGAAACAGCAGCUGGAGGACAUGCAGAAACAGCUGCGCCAGCUGCAGGAAAAGUUCUACCAGAUCUAUGACAGCACUGAUUCUGAAAAUGAUGAAGAUGGUAACCUGUCUGAAGACAGCAUGCGCUCGGAGAUCCUGGAGGCCCGGGCCCAGGACUCCGUGGGGAGGUCGGAUAAUGAGAUGUGUGAGCUGGACCCCGGGCAGUUCAUCGACCGAGCCCGGGCUCUGAUCAGGGAGCAGGAAAUGGCAGAAAACAAGCCCAAGCGGGAAGGCAGCAACAAAGAAAGAGACCACGGGCCAAACUCCUUACAACCAGAAGGCAAACAUUUGGCCGAGACCUUGAAACAGGAACUGAACACGGCCAUGUCGCAAGUCGUGGACACUGUGGUCAAAGUCUUCUCGGCCAAACCCUCCCGCCAGGUUCCUCAGGUCUUCCCACCGCUCCAGAUCCCCCAGGCCAGAUUUGCAGUCAACGGGGAGAACCACAAUUUCCACACCGCCAACCAGCGCCUGCAGUGCUUUGGCGACGUCAUCAUUCCGAACCCCCUGGACACCUUUGGCAACGUGCAGAUGCCCAGUUCCACAGACCAGACGGAAGCACUGCCCCUGGUGGUCCGCAAAAACUCAUCUGACCAGUCUGCCUCCGGCCCCCCAGCUGGCGGCCACCACCAGCCCCUGCACCAGUCGCCUCUCUCUGCCACCGCAGGCUUCACCGCGUCCACCUUCCGCCACCCCUUCCCCCUCCCCUUGAUGGCCUACCCGUUUCAGAGUCCACUAGGUGCUCCCUCCGGCUCCUUCUCGGGAAAAGACAGAGCCUCUCCCGAAUCCCUAGACUUAACUCGGGAGACCACGAGUCUGAGGACCAAGAUGUCAUCCCACCACCUGAGCCACCAUCCUUGUUCACCAGCACAUCCACCCAGCACCGCCGAAGGGCUCUCCUUGUCUCUCAUCAAAUCCGAGUGUGGAGAUCUUCAAGACAUGUCCGAAAUCUCACCUUAUUCGGGAAGUGCAAUGCAGGAAGGAUUGUCACCCAAUCACUUGAAAAAAGCAAAGCUCAUGUUCUUUUAUACCCGUUAUCCCAGCUCCAAUAUGCUGAAGACCUACUUCUCUGAUGUAAAGUUCAACAGAUGCAUUACCUCUCAGCUCAUCAAGUGGUUUAGCAACUUCCGCGAGUUUUACUACAUUCAGAUGGAGAAGUACGCGCGUCAAGCCAUCAAUGAUGGGGUCACCAGUACCGAGGAGCUGUCUAUAACCAGAGACUGUGAGCUGUACAGGGCUCUGAACAUGCACUACAACAAAGCAAAUGACUUUGAGCAGGUUCCAGAGAGAUUCCUGGAAGUUGCGCAGAUCACAUUACGGGAGUUUUUCAAUGCCAUUAUCGCAGGCAAAGAUGUUGAUCCUUCCUGGAAGAAGGCCAUAUACAAGGUCAUCUGCAAGCUGGAUAGUGAAGUCCCUGAGAUUUUCAAAUCCCCAAACUGCCUACAAGAGCUGCUUCAUGAGUAGAAAUUUUCAACAACUCUUUUCGAAUGUAUGAAUAGUAGCAGCCCCCUGUGGGUGUCCGAGUUUUAUGUGUCUAGAUUUUGAUUUCAUAUGUAUGUGUCUGGGAGGCAUGGAUAUGUUAUGAAAUCAGCUGGUAAUUCCUCCUCAUCAUCUUUCUCUCAUUUUUCUCUUGUUUUCCAUUGCAAGGGGAUGGUUCUUUUCCUUCCGCCUUUAGUUUACUUUUGCCCAAGGCCCUUAACAUUUGGAGACUUAAAAUAGGGUUAAUUUUCAGGGAAAAAGAAUGUUGACGUGUAUAAAGUCUACAUUAGCGAGGAAGGGCAUUCGUUAAGGAUGCUUCUGCUUGAUUGAUGGUUUAUUGCAAAUGGCGGUUGGCGGAGGGAACCCAUGACACAGCACAACGCUGAAGUCAGUGAUGUGUCUCUUGUUUUUCCUGCUACGAAGGUCAGAAAACUCAAUGAAACCACUUGAUAAACUUUGUUUAAUAUUUUGUUUGGUUUGAACUCAGUAAGUAGCUUUUUAUGACAUGUUUAAAGAUAACACCAGUGGCAGAUGGACAGCUCACUUUUCAAAAGUAUCCCAAAAGGCCCAAUUUUAAAAAGAAACAGGAUCACUAACUAUCAUGCCUUUCCUGACGGAAAUGGCAAACACCCCCAACUAGUACCAAUUUCUUCUGGAGGCAAAGCAACUUAGCGCAAAACUGACUCUUUCACAAGGUGAGACUGGAAAAUCACGUGACCUCUGGUCACCUCUCAAUUUUGCAAUAGGUUCUUCUCUAUAAUAAAUGAGUAUAUGUCAUUCUUCAUAGAGAAAACCCCUAUCACGUGUUAUUUUUCAUUUAUCUUGCUUCAGAUAUUAAAAGGCACAUAAGUUUCAAAUGUACUCUUUCCUCAACCUUGUUUAUAUGCUUAAAAAGAAUUAUUAUUUCUGUUUAAUAUUUAACACUUUAAAAAAAAAACCACUAUUUUCUGAAUACCUUUCUAUGGUAAGGAAGAAAGGACAUCCCAACUUGACCAUAAAAUUCCUGCCCACACUAGAAGUUUGGCAGCUGAGAUGAGUACACAUGAGAAUGACCUAUUUUCACAUACAUUUCCACACCACCCUGAUGGAUAUUCAAAGUGGUGACAGUCGGAUUAAGUGUUUCUUCGUUUUAGAUACAGCAUUUUAAAGCAAUUGAUAAAGUCUCUUCUAAUUGAGAAGCUAGUAUUGACCAAAACGUGAGAAGAGUGUAUAGGAUGGGAGAGUUUGGGAGUUCACCCAAAAGACACAAUCUCAGCACACAUAAGAAAGCCAGCUGCUAUUUCGUGCUUUCUUCAAUGGUUCUCCUCUUUUUUUUUUCUUCCCCCCUCCCCAGAUUUUCAAAGGUAUACAACGUCCAAUCCUUGCUUUUAAAAAGCCAAACAGCAUUCACACUUGUUUUCUUCAGUGGAUUUUGUGUGCAGAUGCAGUAAGAAUUCCUUUUUCAUUCUAAUAGUGUUUUCCAGAACCCUCCCUCCCCUUAGGGAAUUUGAUGUACGUUUCCUAAAAUAACACAGCAACAAACCUGGUAUUUAGAUCAUAUACAACAUAAAUACUGUUUUCCCUUGAUUUUUAUAAAAAUUACAUUUGACUUUGGAGAAUGCAGGUUGACCCAUGUGACUAACUAGCUGACCCAAUCGCUGUAAUUUCACAUCAUUUAUAAAUUCUGCUGAUGGACAGGAAUGUAUGAAGGCAAUUAUUGUCAGCACAAAGCCUUAAAACCUGCUGACUUUAAGUUAAACAGCGCAGUCCUGUGAUGCCUGCCUCAUUCAGGAGACACAGCCGCUCGCGGGGUGGACAGAGUGCAGGGGCGCCGGCCGGAACACCCCCGGCUUCGCUCUGCACCCACAGCCAAACCCAUCACCCAGCUUGCACUCUCCAACACAGCAGCGCACACAGAGCCAUCAGAUCCGAUUUGUUCUUGUUCCUGCUUGUUUGGGGCAAAAAAAAAAAAAAAUUGGAUAAUGAUCACAUUGGAAUAUAAUGCAAAACUUUCCACCACCCGCCCCCCCCCCCAAAUCCAAUCAGCACAAAGUAGGGAAGCAAUCUCAACUUGUGGUCACGCUCUUUUGCCUUGCUUCAUGUACGAAUGUAUGACUUUCAUCAUUGGCUUUAGGAUACAACUGGGUCUCUGCUAUCCCGUGUAAUUCACAUCACCAUUGUGUUACUAUUUGCAAGGUAAAAGGCAAAACCAUAGUGUAUUCACACAUAUAGGCAGAUUGCUGGAUCUUCUUGAUCUGGGGCAAAAUUCGGUACUGAUUCCAGACUUAUUUGGGUUUUUAGUGUGAUUCUCCCCUGCCUUUCUAAUUGAAAUAGAUGAAUUAAGCAAAAGUAUGUGUUCACAACCAAAUGUUGAUGUGCUUAUCUGUGGUAAUAUCCUCCCAAUGUUCACUAAGGCAUAGAAAUUAUUUCAGAGUAGAAAUUGCAGUGUGAGAAUAAGCUCACCUCAUUGUCCUGGAAAUAGAACACAAUCAUUUUGCUUUUAGGUGAUUUAUUUUCUUUUAUUCUCUUUUACAAUCAGAAAAUCUUGUGCCUCCCAGUGCAUUGGAAAAUGACAAAAGCCUGUCUCUCAAAAAACUCCUAUUUAACAAGUUUGUUUUUUUUUAAUCACCAUCUUUCAAAUCUUAGCUCAACUCUCACCAAGUAAAAAUUGGCUACUUGCGAGAAAGUUAACUUUCUCUGGUGGGAGGGUGAAGGCUGAGGGACAGUUUACAUAGAGAAACAGUCUAAAGUCCAUGUUGAAAUACCACAUUUCUACUUAUUUUCUGCUAACCCUAAAUUAUUUUUGAUCUACACUUGAGGUUAUAGUCUGUGCCUAGACCUAAAUGCACCAGCGGGGGGAUUUUUUAAAAAUCCUUCAAAAUACCAGUUUUUUCCCACAAGUACAAUUGUUCUUGUGCCUUCUGUGGCUUUUGAUUUCAUCCUUUUGACUUUAUUUCCAAUUACUACAGCUGCAAUAAACACUAGAUUUUUUUUUCUGGCUGUUUGACAUAACGUUGAUAGCUAUGCAUAUUUUGUGUCUUUUUAAAACAAAGCGGGAGAAUACGUUUUUGAAGAAGAGAAUUUUUAGAACAGUUUGAUACCGCAAAUUAUUUUUUCCUCAAUUGUUUGAGCAGCAUUCGAGUUUUGAAAAUUCUUGUAGAAGCCAAUUUUUUGUAACUGUGGUGCAAAUCUUGUGUUUUCUUAGCCUAAUGAGAAGUAGUAUAGAAGCAAUAUUUCAUACCAUGUGCUGUAUAUGUGUGUACAGAUGUGUGAACAUAAAAACACAUACACACAUAUACACACAUGUAAAAAUAUACAUAUAUAUAUGCGUGUGAAGUGGAAAGCUUACCUUUUCCUAUCUAGAUUUAAGGACCUAUUUUAGACAUUUGUUAUGUUUUGUGAAAAGAAUGUUCUAUUUGCAACAACAAAACAUUUAAUUCUUACUGUAUCUCUGGCUGUUUAAUGAGGACGUUUCACUUAAAUGGUAAAACCACGUGGAAGAUGGUAGAAUGUAGAAAUUAUUUAAGGAAAUGUUCACCCACAUAUUCCUGAAGUUUGCUUUGUGCCUCCAGUAUUAUUUAAUUAAAGUGUUUUAUGUUUGCAGAAUCUCUGUUGCUGUGCUGGGGAUGUGGGUGAAUAUCAUUUUUUUAAUGUUAAAAACAAAAAAAAAAGCAAAACAAAAACACUAAAGCAAGAGGGGAACUUUUAUAAAGCAAUGUAAAUAUUUAACCUCAUGGCUGUUGUUACAUAAGACAUGAGAUUUUAAUAAAUAACUACAUUCUCACAACAUCUGUUGAGUUUAUUAGGAACACUACGGUGACUGUGUAGACAGUUGAAAGCAUUCUUGAAAAUCCUGCUCUCUACUUUGAAAAGAUAACAGUCUCUUUCAUCAGAUGUCAAGGGCAAGGGUAAUGCAGUUUCUGUAAAUUUAUGAAAUUUCUUUUCUAUGUACAUGAAGACAUUUAGGAUAUAACCCCCCUCCCCAUGCACACACACACACACACACACACACAUACAUACAGGUCGAAUUAAAUCAUAAAGCUAAAGAUUGGGGGAGCGUUAAAAAUAGGAUGUUCCCCAAAAGCAAUCAUAAAUUCAUCCAAGGAAAAGUGGUUUACAGACUCCCCUGAAAGAAGCAGCGUGCAGGUGAGGACAGAGCAGAAUCUCUUUGCCGUGUAUAUUAUAGAAUAUUCAUUGGUGUGAAUAGUACAAAUGUUUCGUUCUGGUACAAACUCUGUGUUUGCAAAUUACAAGAAGCACUGUUUUCAAAAAGCUCCCCUUAAAAGAACGUAACUGGUUCAUAUGAGUGAGCAGUUACUGUCUUGCACUUACAUGUGAUGUUGAAGGAAAUGCAGUUUUGUUUUCUGUAGAUCUGUUGGUUGUAAACCAUCUAUAAAACUAAAGCUAAGAUACUCGUGUUCAGAGCUGGGAUCAAAACUGGUAUUUAACCUUUGCAUCUUCUUAUAAUCGUCCUUCUAAGGAUAUAACAGAAUCUGGAAGCAUCUGGACUUUGAGUCUUUUCAACUAAGCCCUCUCUCAAAUCUGAUACCCCCUAAAAUGCACAAACAUGAGCAGAAAAAGUAAGCAGAUUGGCCUUCUUUUGUGAAAAUGGAUUCAUUCUUUAUUUUUAAAAUAUUUGAAUCCUCCCCCUAGCGGGGCAAAAGCAUUUUAAAAUUGUAUAUUACCACCUCAAAAUUAGAAUUAGGAAAGCAAAUAUUUUGGGGGUUGUUCUCUGCAAUACCUAGAAGAAUCAAAGGUCGUGGCUUCCCCCAAUAUUGUCCCAGCCAUUUCUUGUAUGUAUAUAGUAUAAACCGUGACAAAACACUGCCUUUAUAUUAUUUAGCAAUAUGUUGUAAAUAGCAUUAUUAAGCUCUUUUUUUUGUAAUAAAGACCCUUUGAUUUGAAUAUAGUACAAUAACUGAACUGAUAAAGUCAAUUUUUGAUUUUUUUUUUAGCUAGAGGCAAUUUCAACUGUGGAUUUUUGUUGUUGUCUAUUGUUCUGAAGACUUUGCAUAAUUUAUUGGUUUAAUUUAUCCUAAUUUAUUUGAUGAAGGUGUACAAUUUUGUAUUACCAAGGAUGUACUGUAAUAUUAAUUGAUAUGAUAAAAAAAAAAACAAUGAGACUCCCUGUCCAUAUUAAAAAGUAAAUAAAAAAGGUGCAGUAGACAAUUGAUUUUAAAGUAAAAGUAAAAAAUUUAGUUUGGCAGCUACUAAAUUUUAAAACAAGAAAAAAAAAGUUGUCGGGGGGAGGGUGGGAAGCGGGUUUUACUUUGUGUGUUUCAGCUUUUGUAUUCUCUCCGAACUUUUACCUUUUGCUUUGUACCACUUAAAGGAUACAGUAGUCCAAUUGCCUUGUGUGCCUUCCAUCUUCUCUUAAACUGAAUGUAUGUGCAGUAUAUAUGCAAGCUUGUGCAAAAUAAACUAUACAUUACAAGCUCA